ACUUCCCGCUGUAGCGCUACGCGACAAAUCAUAGUCAGCCAAGCUUGGAACAAAGCUCAGCUCGACGAAGGGGUGACUCGCGCACCUGAGAUUUGCAUUAGGCUCACUGCUUUGGAAUACCUCAGGUGAAUACUCUCACAGGUCGACGGAUUUUAUUUCCAUGGAAACGGAAUAAACAACUCGGAGAAGGAAUUCAGAAAGGAUGGAUAGUGUGGUGUGUCAGAAGUGAUCAGGGAUGGUUUGUGAUUGGCUAAAGGGUGAUGACGUCGCGAAUGGUCCGUGGAUGUUAGCAGCUGUGUGUCCAUUGAUAUGAAAUAUUUAUAGAAGUACUGAUGUGCGAUCGCGCGGUCUAGCAUUGAUUGGCGUAAUUCAAGCAACGAUUCGCAAACACGCCUUUGUGCGGCUCCGCGAUGAGGAUAUAGAGUCUGCCGAACAAUCACCUAUAUUGGAUUGAUGAAAGUUUACUUAGUGGUGUAAGCCGGCGGUUAUAUAAAGCAAUCGAGAUGAAUUUGGAAAUUCCAGAAGGGCUAGGGGACUUGCUGCGAGACUUUACAGUGGCAGUGCUGCGGGAGAGGCCUGGAGAACUCUACGAUUUUGCAGUGGAUUAUUUCACAAAAGCCCGUGAAAGAAAAAAGCCAAAGGAUGUCCCCAUGUACAUCAUCGUAGAGGAUGAUGAGGACGCAGGGGAGCCGAACAUGGCAACGUUCAAGCCGAGGUCAAAUCGGAAUCGUUACGCACGGCGUCAGUCGGUGUCUGCCGAACGGUACGACCCCGAAGAGGACGAUAGCGAUGAAGACAGAGUUAUCCACCCUAAGUCUGACCAGCAGAGGGAGCGACUAACGGAAGCAGUUGCUGGGAUAUUGCUCUUUCGUAGCCUUGACAGUGACCAAAUGCAAGAGGUCAUUGACGCCAUGUUUGAACGUACCGUCACACCUGGAGAGACUGUUAUUGCCCAGGGGGACGACGGAGACAACUUUUACGUCAUUGAUUCAGGAGUUUACGACGUCUACGUCGACGUUAAGGGAGAGAAUAAGAAAGUUCACCAGUUUGAUAAUAGAGGAAGCUUUGGUGAAUUAGCCCUUAUGUAUAACAUGCCCCGAUCUGCCACAGUUGUAGCGGUAUUAACAGAAGGGUCUCUCUGGGCCAUGGACCGAAGCUCGUUUAGAAGGAUUGUACUCAAAAGUGCCUUCAAGAAGCGAAAAAAGUAUGAGACCCUGUUAGAGAGUGUAACGAUCCUUCAGUGCUUAGAUCAGUAUGAGAGAAUGACUCUGGCAGACGCACUGGUCGGCCAGACUUACGAGGAUGGUCACGCCAUUAUCGAACAGGGCAACGACGCUGACGGCAUGUACUUCGUGGAAGACGGCCACAUACGCGUCACGAUUAAAAACACGGAUGGCGUGGAACAAGAGAUAGCAACUAGAUCGAAUGGAACGUACUUCGGAGAGUUAGCGUUAAUAGAAAAUAAACCACGUACAGCGAACGUGUACGCAGUAGGAAAAGUAAAGGUAGCCUUUUUGGAAAGAGGAUCCUUUGAAAGACUUCUAGGCCCUUGUGUUGAUAUAAUGAAAAGAAAUAGUCAGUUGUACACAAUGUACGUGGCAAAAUGAUCAUCUCUUGGGGAGCAGUGACGUUUUCGUGACAUUACUCCAGUCUGCGUAGCUCUGAAGUCUGCGUGGACAAAUUCAUGUAACUUGGCCAGUUACCUCCAAAAAUACACAUCCGAGGCCAGAAGACGAUAUUGUGAGUGGUCUGUGAAUAUAUGAUGUACGCUUCUUGUUCCGUCUUGUAAUGGAUGUUGGUCCACGUCAGAUUUGUGGAGAGAUGACGACGUCCUUCUUCCUCCUGAUUGUUUCCAGACACGCACUGCAGCAGGUUUACCUGGUAUGGAUCUCAAAAUUCAAUAACCCUAUCAAUAGGGGCGGGGUUACACGAUCAACAAAGGGCAAGAAAAGAGGAAAACGCCUGAACGAAAGAACAAAACGAUCUGAAUCAACCAGGCUUCCGUUGAAAUGCUUCGUAUCGGUUCGUGGAUCAAUUUAUGCACAAGAUUCAUGUGUCUAAUACUCACCCUCAAAGAUGACCUUGACCUUGAAAUAUAUAUAUUAUAUAUCUAUAUCGUGUGUCUGUUGAUGACGUACUGUGUGACGCACGAUAUGCACGUGUUCUAACUGGAACCUUUAUAAAUGCACGACUGUGAUGUGAUCAUUUCUAGUGUGUAGAACCACUCCACCUUUCGUCGGUCUCAACAUGUAUAUUGUGUUGCUGAUUUCGUCUUCUUCUAAACUCUACAUGGAAAACCGUUGAAGUUUAAUUGGUGCUUUUUAACGUGCAAAUCUGCUUACAAAAACAUGCAUCAUUGAAAAGGUUGGAAAUGUCAACAGAUUGGCGGCGUAUAAAUGAUGUACUCCGUUUGUUGAGAUUUACUUUGCCUCGUGUCCAGUGCCUCUUCGGGGUCUAAAAGCAAAGUGGAAAAGAUAUACACGGUGAUUUGUGUUAUAUCUGGUGUUAUAGCCUUGAUACGGAUAGAUUGUGCAACAAAAACAGAAUCGCAGCUUAUACGGAAUAUGUGCUUGAAUAUAUCUCACAGAGGAGUAUAUUUCAGAUAUCGUUGACAUAAUGAAUGGAUGGUUACUGUCAGAUGAACCGCGCGGUCCUCGGAUUGAGUUCUCUAACCGCACACUGCCAAAUCCAUGAACAAUUAUCCCGCAGACGACGAAACUGAAUACAUGUUCAAACAAUGCUGGAGCGUGUAGGUUUUGUUGUAUGUCACAUGACGUACACAAACGCCUUUCUGUUUAGUGUCGUCUGCUAGAGCAGAAGCAGACGACAGUAGUCAGGAUAGUAUAUGGAGGGCUGCACCUGGAUCUGCCGAAUUAACAUCUGCGCAUGUUAAUUCAAUACGUUACUAGUUUGGUUCCUUUUGUUGUUAUACCUGAAUCUACAAGUGGAACUUGUCAGUGUUAAACGCAGAGCUCUGUUGAAUAUUUGUUAACGGUUGUGAUACUGCGACCACGUUCUCAUUUUCAGAUUGAUCGCAUCCAUCUAUUCCCAGUAUCAGACAUCCCCUCCUUUGCAAUAGUUUUGAAUGAAUUUCUGAACGCUCUGCAAGUUUGAUAAAAUGUUAAUCGAUUAUUAUCUCUGAACAGAAGUGUUGACAGGAUAAUUUUGAAGCAAGGGAAAAAUGCAUACUGUUGAUACCGUUUAGUAGUCAGCGCUUUCAGUUUAUUUUGAUUUAAGUCAGGAAGAAAUAUUGAUUCUUUAUCUUAAGUAUAGAUUAGAUUCUAGUCUGAAUUAUGUUACAAAUCUAUGAAAUGUUUAUAUGGGAUUAAUCAUUAUUUUAAUCCCCAGUUACUGUUGCCAUGGUUACUGUUUAAGUGGAUUGUUUUACCAACGUUAUACACGGAUUCAGAAGAUGUGAUACACUGUACCCGAGAAUGAUUGACAAGAAUAGAUAUGUCGAUGUAUGAAUUCAACAUGUGACGUAACUCCGUGUGAUGUUUGUGUACGAUGUCUUUUGUUUUCUCUUGAAUCCAUAAAUUAUAGAUGCAUA